ACACUAGUACCACGAGUGCUUACCGUGUUAGUUCUGCUGUAGAUCAGGGAGGCUAUUAAGUUGAAGUUUAAUUCGAUGGAUAAUACAGGCUUACGCUGAAUAAUACCAGGUGGACAAGGACUAAUAGUCUGCUUAUUGCAGGUAAAGAGGAUUUGUGUCCAGAUCCCCAGACAGACCCCUGCAUGCUUUGCUGUUCCAGAUUAAAAAACCCGGAACGUCAACCCAGGAAUGUCCAAUCCCGCACCAGACGCUCAUCAUACCAAUGCCCAAGCGGCCCGUCUGGACCAGAACGAGAGCAAUGGGUCGUUCUCGCCGUCACCCCAAGCUUUGAGGAAACCACCUGGGCAUCUGAAGUUGGCAUGCAGCCUUUCUAAAUCAGACUCCGACCUGCUGGCUUCCCCUCAUUGUGAGGACGACGGGCCUCUGGGUGGCCGGAGCGAAUCCCUGUCCAACUGUGCUGAUGAGAGGAAGGAAACGGAGCAGAUGCCCUCGUUUGCCUCCGAAUGGGACGAGAUUGAAAAGAUCAUGACUCUAAUUGCCGACAUCGAGAUCUCCGAGGAGCAUCGACCUGCAUUGGAAGAUGCAGCCGGGAGCCGUGCGCUGGAGCAGACGGUGGGGGAGUGGCUGGAACACGUGGGCUUUCCUCAGUACGAGAGCAAACUGGUGCUUAAUGGCUUCGAUGACCUGCGCUACAUGGGGAGUAACGUGAUGGAAGAUGAGGACCUUCAUGAACUUGGCAUCACCGACCCAGGCCACAGGAAGAAAAUCCUUCAUGCAGCAAAAAACUUUCCGAAGGUGAAAGCUCUGGGGUGUGACGGCAGCACUUCUCUGUCCUCAUGGCUGGAAAGUUUGGGCCUCGGAGAAUAUCUGCACAACUUCUUGUCAAGCGGCUACCGCACCCUGGACUGCGUGAAGAACCUGUGGGAGCUUGAAAUUGUCAAUGUGUUAAAAAUUGGCCUUCUUGGUCACAGAAAAAGGAUCAUAGCUUCAAUAGUAGAGCGACCGUAUGAGGAAGCACCUUCAAAAUCCAACCGCUUUUCCCAGCUAAAGAUUCAGGACCUGUUGUCUCAGAAUACGUCACCGCUCAGUUAUAUGGACCCGUACACCAGUCGCUCCAUGGACAUGUUGCUUCCGUUGGGAGAAUCAGCCAGAAAGAGCAGAGCAUUGGAUCAGGAUGGUAGUAUCUCCCUUCGCUCCUUCGGUGAAAGAUCACGCUCACAUGACCGUCAUGCAGAUCGUCAAUCCCGUCUAAAUAUUCGCCCUUCCAGCCACUCUGCCACAUAUACCACUGUCUCCACCUGGCAUCAUCACCCUGAGAAACUUAUCACAGAGUCCUGCGUUUAUGAGGCCAGAUAUUUAGGGUCUGUGAUCAUCCGAGAUCUACGAGGAAUUGAAUCUACACAGGAGGCCUGUGCUAGAAUAAGGAAAUCAAAGGAUCACCGGAAAGGUCCUGUCAUAAUACUGAAUAUCACCUACAAAGGAGUCAAGUUCGUUGACGCAGCCACCAAGGCGCUGGUUGCAGAGCAUGAGAUCCAGAACAUCUCAUGCGCGGCUCAGGAUCCGGAUGACCUUUGCACAUUUGCAUACAUCACGAAAGACCUGAAGUCUGGUUUUCACUUCUGCCAUGUCUUCACUACAGUAGAAGUGACACAGACCUAUGAGAUCAUCCUGACGCUGGGACAAGCUUUUGAGGUAGCAUAUCAUAUGGCUCUCCAGGCACAGAAGUCCCGUCGUCACAGUUCAUAUGCUGGUCCAGCCUCCGAAAACAUAGAAGCCAAGACCAGCAGGCCCACCUCUCAGUCCCGCAACAGUGUGCGCCGCUCCACCGGUGCACCUGUGCUUGAAUGCCGCUGCUGUUACUGUCACACGUGCUCCGCCCACCGCCCCUCCUACCUCCCGCUGCCCUCUAUCAGCCCUGGAGUUCAGAUCGACCCUCUGGAGCCGGAAACGGACCUGCAGUCCCUGGCCAGCACCAGUUGGCUCUUCGAACCACGGGACUCCUCCAGACCUUCGAGUAGCACCAAGUAUGAGACCACCAUUUUUUGAAGCAGGGCACGGCCCUUGUCCAAUCCCGCCUGCUGCCCUAUUUCAACCCCACGCCCCAUAAACUUGAGUGCCCCGUGCCUUCUCACUGUGAUUUGUAGCCUCCCUCAGGGCAAGACUACUUCCCACGCCAAUCCCGACCCCGGUCCUUGCCUGCAUUGCCCUCUCGGAGAGCCGAACGCCUCCACCAUCCUUUUUUGUCGUCUUGACCAAUGAGCGCUUUCUGGAAUUCUUGGAUAUGCCGUAUAACCAGCCUCCUCAAACUCUUCCGUCAUGGUCCGAAAUCGCCUCUGAAAGCUUCGAUAUUUUAUACAUUACGCUGAAUGUUUACGGUUUGGCCCUCGUACCAGAGGGCUCUCUAUCACAAAAGCUCCGAACUUGAGCCAAUGUGUAGGCGCCGAGUCCUAUCGAGUAGCUCGGACACUUGUAGCAUUUCUACAUCUCCUCAUCUGGAUGGACACGUUGGCGGAACUUUAUUACAAAUUAGUAGAUCAACAAACUCUGACUGCAACAGCAAUACUAGUACUUUUUUUCAAGUUUACGUACUUUCACGAUCAUGAAUGCAACAUAACGCCGUUUCCCAUCAGCGCUCCUCAAACCCCGUACCACUAGAUCACUUUUUUUCCCCCCGUAGUUGGACCCACGUUCCCCCCCCACCCCCCAGCAGUUCUUCAGUUUUUCAAAAGAGUUGGUCUGUUAUUUCGAUUCACAUCCAGUGCUUCCCUUUUUCUUACCAGGCAUCUGCAGCUCUGAGGCCCUCUGAAGAAAGACUAUGCCUGUUUAGAGUGUUUAGAGGUUGGGAUUUGAAAUGCAAUACAGCUUUACUAGGAAGAGUACAAUACAGCCCCAAGAAAAUGGAAUAAUCAAGACAACAUUCCCAUUCUGUUUUCUCGUUGUUUUAGGGACGUAAUUAGAUUAAUGACCUUUUAUCUUUCAAGGGAAUCCAUUUUAUUCCGUAGAGUUCUAUAUUUGAAACUUUACAUUGUUAACAUCACAUGAUAAGUGUGUGUAUAACCUCUAUGUUCAUUUUGUGAUUGAUGAUUUGUUCCGUAAAUUUAGUUACCCGAGGGAAGCCAUUUGCAGAAAGAUGAGACAAAGUAUUUUCGUAGACGUAAUAAGAGUAAAUGUUACUUUUUUCAAUUAUAAAAGAUUUCCCAUGGUGACAAUUAUCUUUAGAGAGAAGAUAAUGAAGCCAAGAAAAGAAAAAGCACUAAGGCUAGAGAGAAAAAAAAAAAGGUCCAAACAGCCUUACGCAUAUUGUGACGUACUGAACGUUUGGAAAACCACUGUAUUGUUUGCACCACUUUGUUUAUUCACGCAAAAAAAAAAAAAUUUAUUUCAGUGUAUUAGAUGCUAGAAAUCUGCUGUUUUACUU